UAUCAAGAAGUCCAUCACUACCUCUGAUUUUUGCCUCUUCCUUGACAACAACUAGUCUCUGACACUCUCUCUCUUUUCCAAGCAUUCUUGGUCGUUUCCACACCUUGACUCUUGAGAUCGAAUUACUUAAAAGGGUUUCCUUUUCUCGGUAUUUCGUCAUCUGGGUCUGGUCCUAAAACACCAGAGAGAGAGAGAGUUAGAUUCAAGUGAGGCAAGGUCAACGUUUACAUUCGGUUACGUUUCCACACCUUGUUCGUUAUUUUCUUGUUUUUCUUUGAGAUUCUGAACCCAUGGAGACUUAUAAGAAAUGGGUUAGAAGGAAUAAAGAUUAUGUUCACUCAUUGGAGUCUCUUGCCAAUGGAUUGACGUGGCUUCUUCCCGAACGGUUUUCCGCUUCAGAGAUAGGACCAGAAGCAGUAACUGCAAUCUUGGGCAUUAUCACUGCUAUCAACGAGCAUAUCAUCGAUACUACUCCAACCCAGAUGCAUGUUGGUCCUAUGGAGCCUAAUUCUUUCCCGUAUUCGUUGUGCAUAUCUGCUAUAAAGGAUUUGGAAACAUUGGUUGAAGUUGCAGCUCAACAUUAUUUUGGUGACAAUAAGAAAUGGAAUUUCAUUGCUGUUACAGAAGCUACCAAGGUGCUAGUUAGGCUCAUUUUGUUCCGGAAUAGUGGAUAUAAGAUGCUUCUUCAUGGAGGAGAGACACCAAAUAUUGAAAAGCAUUCAGAUUUCUCAAGCUCGCAGCAUAAUGUUGGAGGUUUCCCAAAACCUGGAUCUCGCCAUGGUCCUAAUGGACUUAACCCGUGGAAUCUAGAAGGAAGGGCAUUGUCUGCACUGAGCAGGUUUGGAGAAAAUGCCAGGAUGAGUUCUGACCCUGUAUGGCUGCGCAGGGCUGGACAUCAGCAAGCUAUUAUGGAGCCUCCAUCUUCAGCGAUUGAGAGGCCAACACUUUCCAUGAUUUUAUCUGAGAAAGGUGUUCAGGGGGCAUUAUUUCUCAUGGGAGAGGUCCUUUUUAUUAUAAGACCCCUUAUUUAUGUGCUGUUCAUCAGAAAGUAUGGAAUUCGGUCAUGGAUUCCUUGGUUUGUUUCUCUGGCUGUAGACGCUGGUGGCGUAGGAUUUUUAACACAGGUUACUAAAUCAAGGGAUGGUGGAAAAGAGCAACACUAUCACCUUACUGCUUCCGAACAGGAUGAGUUGAAAAGAAGAAAAUUGUUAUGGGCGCUUUACCUAAUGAGAGAUCCUUUCUUUACCAAGUACACCAGGCAAAGACUUCAAAGCACUGAAAAGCUAGUGGAACCUGUUCCUAUUAUUGGGCUUCUAACAGCGAAAAUUGUUGAGCUUGUUGUUGGUGCUCAGACUCGGUACACAUACAUGUCUGGAUCGUAAUGUCCUAUUAUGUCUUGUCUAUAGUUUUCACUCCGGAUGCAGUUAUAAGCGUCAGUUGCCAGACUCGAAUUGGCAUUGCUUUCAUCUGUAUCACAAGAAAUUCAACAAAAAGCUUUCCAUAAAAAUCAGCAACAGUUUUUGUAGAUAUGUGUUUCGUUCUAUUCUAAAUAAGUGAAAGCUUUGCUGAUCUUAUUAUGUAGCUAUGAUUUUGGGAGGUCUGUGAUGUGCUUUAGCACGGCCAUGCACUGCAGUACUACGGUUUCGAGUAUUUAUGCUUCCAGAUGCUUUAUAAAUCGAGAAAAAUCUCGCUUUUCGUUGUUUAUUUAACCAAA